AUGCGGCAUGGUGAUCAACGGUUGUGCUGGCCGGUAGUCUGUAACUCGGAUCAAGACUAUGAACGGUUUGUGUCGAACGAGGUGGCCGUAAGGCGAUCGAAGCCGUCCGUUUGGACAAUGGUGUGGAGGAGAAUCAAGCGACAAAAGGAUAAAAUGCUGAGAUGUUCGAAAGCUGUGAGUCUCAACUAUGAUCCCUACUCUUAUUCCCAGAAUUUUGAUCAGACAGAACAGGAUGAUCUCGGCCGUUCAUUUUCUGCUAGGAUCUCUGCCUUAACUAAGGAAUAA